AUGGGUCAGGAACGGGUUAUAGUGGAAAUAAGCUCUGAUGAAGAGGAUGAAGUCAGUGAGUCUGGCAUGGAGUCUUUCGACUACGGGUCGUCCUUGGAUUGGCUCUCAGAUAUGCUUGGACUUGAAGAUGAUCCGUGGACUUCUGAUGACCUCGUGGUGGUGGAUGAAUUCUCUUGCCACUCUCCAGUGGAGAAAUUGGACUGCCUUCCACUCAGCACAGAAACAUGCGUGUCUGCUGAAGAUUCUGGCGAUGACUGCCAGAUACUGGACGAUGACCCUGAUAAACCCACUGAGGCCACUCAGGACGAAGGGGAUCGCUCAGAUGAACUUCUGAUUGUUGGCGAGAAGGGUCAGGUGUGAUUCCUACUUGCCAUUCUCUCUCACUUUUUUUUUUCUCCCUUAGCAAUACUGUUGCUGCGAAUUAGAAGCGCUGGAAUGCGAUUAUGCUCUGCCUGAUCUUCGAUAUCUAAUGAAAACAUUGGGUUAGCUUCUGUGUUAACGCAACAUAUGAGCUUAUCAGUUAGAAGCGUUGUUAAUAUGUUGACUCUGUCUAUAUAUUUGGUGUUGCUCAAAAGUGAUGCCAAGCAAUUAUGAUUAGCAAUUGUUAUCUGUUGUGUCGAGAUUAGCAAGUCAAAGUGUGUAUUCUGGAAAUCAUGUGGACCGUCUAGCAAUCGAUGGGGUAUUGCCAUGAUCUCGCUGUCAGAGUUUCUUGGCAGCUAAUUCGAUCGAGUCAGUGAAUACUUGCGAUUUCAGAACACGGUCUCAUGAAAUGACGAGUGAACCAGAAGACUCUCUUUCCAGAAAGAAAAGAUGAAUUAGUAUAGUAGUCACUGAAUGUCCCACGAACAUCAUCUCAUUAACAUAUUUUCUUUCCCUGGAUAGACGAUUGGGAAAUGGAAAAUUUCUCACCUACACCUCCUGGAUUUUAUUUUUUUAUGUUUUUAAAUCCUUGGCAUCUUUUAUGAUUGAGUUAUGUAUGAUACUAGUUUAUUACUAUUAUUAUGUUUGUCAUCAUGCUUUCAGUAGUUCAAUGCUUGUUGCAAAAUGGUUGCGUUUUAACAUGGCACAAAGAUUAUCAGUCGUCUGCCAAUGUUUUUCUACCCAAAGUCAUCUUCGGUGGUCCUCCCCUGUCAGAUUAAAAGACUCUUUGAGAUUGGUCAAACUUGAAUCCUGGAAGCAUGUUGAUUGUUUCCAGGAUGUUAAGCUCAAUUUUUGACUUCAACCGCAUUAUUUCUGUUUCCAGGGUGAGAUCUUACUUUGUUAAGAAACAUGUGGUCAAAGCCCCUGUUUGUUUUUCAUACCAAAAACCGACCAAUGUUGUGCUUAAAUUUAUAUUCGAAUGGUAUUUCUACAUUUUUCUCGUCUGUGGAGUUCAUCUGAUGGAGAUUGAAAUUCACCUGUUCUUUAAUAUUUAUAUUUUUUUCCGGUAAUUUAGAUCAUAAACGUGGGACUUACGUCUCUGAAAUGGUAUUUGUAUAACUCUGCGGGAUUGUGACGAGAAAAUAACAAAUGGGAGAGCAUCAGACAGAACCUAAAUCAAAUAUCUAUCCGAUUCAACACCAGCCGAUUCAGGGUAGACAGCUGGUGUUUUUACCUGAAGAGGGAACUGUGGAUGGAAACACCGUUGGAUAAAACAUGUCCCUAGAUUUGAUAUAAUCGGAAGGUUUACUAUAAAUAGAAGGUGUUCUCUUGGUUUACUAUAAAUAGAGGGUGGGGCUGACUGACAGUGAACCUGCGAUGAGUUGCUGCAAGAUCCGCUAUGCUUCUGAGAUCAAGGAUCCGAUGUCUAAACCUAAACCCACCUUCUUCUUCUUCUUCUUCUUUAUGUCAUGCAGGUGGCCUGCAGAGAUUUUCCUCACUCGAGGCAUCUGUGUGCAACAUUCCCAUUCGCUACCACUUCGCACGAGAAGUUCUGCAACAUGGUGAGCCAGAAGUAGCUCACAUUCCCAGUCGUUACCUUUCUUCGUCCCUCUCUAGCUUCUGUUAUCAUCGACAACCAGAGAAACAGUCUUACCGUUGACAUUGCAGUGCCAUUGCUACGUCUGCGACGUGCCUGCGCCUUGCGGCUAUUGGGGCCGUAGUUCAUGCAGCUCCGGCCACUGUCACUCUACAGACAGAGAAGAGCGGUGGGUAUCAGAGAGGAAGGCUCUGAAGCUUCUUCAACAGACGGCAGAAAAUAGAGAAGAACACCGAUUUUCGAUUCUGUCCGUGAGGCCGCCGGUCGUCAAGGCCACCGGCGUGAGGCCUCGCCCCCAUAAUUUGCCGCCGGCGAGAUCUUCUUCCAUCGGCUCCGGGACGGCGCCGCCUCGAGCUUCAGGCAUAGGCCACAGCAGAGCCGAGUCGGUUUCUGUGCAAGCUCCCGUCUCCGUGCGGAUCGGCCUUGCUGCCUCAGCGCGGCCGCGGAUUUCAGAGUCCUCCAGGCUCCACCCAUUCCGCCGCUGCUCGGCGGCGGAGCCCGGCGGCGCUCAGAGGUUGGCGACCACCGCCCGCAGCCAAUCCUCCGGCCUCCUCUCCGGCGCCCUGAGAAACAACCCGCAGCUGAGCAGAUCCCGGACUUCUUCUGCUGCUGGAAUAACUCACAGCAACCAGAUGGAUCAACAGGGUUCCUCUUCACCGUCGGGUGCGUCCUUUCUGAAUGUGCCGACGAAGAAGCCGAGGACUUCUGUUUCUACCCAUCAGGUAUACUACAGGAAACCGCAGAGAGACCCUCAUAUCUCACCGCCGGCGACGGCGGCGACGGAUGAGAGCUUCAGGAAAUGGCAGGGAGUUCUCCUCGGCCAUAGUCCCAAUCUCGGGAAGAACUUCCGGCCCUACACCCCGGCGGCCAGCGUGAGCUCCCGCAGCGGCACUGCUCCGGCGGGGAGCACCCCGAGAAGUAUUCCGGCUGGCGGCGAGUUCGGUGGCGCGGCUCGUGUCCCGACGGAGAGCGCGCAGCUGCUGAAGAAACCCUCUGUGAAUCUCUAUGGCUUGCCUCAGAGGAGCCAAGCUCCUCCGGCGGGAGCUCCAUUUGAGGGAGGUGGUGACGGCUCCUUCGGCCAUGCGCCCGCCCGUGAAGCGGCGGCGAGGGGUCGCGCUCGAAGAGACGAUCAACGAGGAAGGUAG